AUGCUCGUGAUAGUCUUUGCCCUGUCGCUGCUGUGCCUGUUUGCACCAUGGGCUGAAGGGCAAUACACCGAGCUGCUCGACCUGCAUCCGCUGCCUCAAUCUCAACUUCUGGCCGCCUUCAACUUCAAGGCCAACACCACAAAGUCCGACUUCGAUGCCCAGAACUACCGCUUGUUCCCGCGCUCCCUCGGCCAGAUCCUGCAACAUACACAUGCCCGAGAGCUCCAUCUUCGCUUCAGUCUUGGUCGCUGGGAUUCAGAGAACUGGGGAGAACGACCCCGCCAUGGUCGCCGUGAAGGAGGCACUGGUGUCGAGCUGUGGGCUUGGGUCGACGCAGACUCGCAUGAACAAGCCAAUGCUCGCUGGUUGACUCUGAGCAAUGCUCUGUCCGGUCUAUUCUGUGCUUCUAUGAACUUCAUUGACUCGACCAAGACCAUUCGUCCUGCCAUGACCUUUGAUCUGGAAGGCUCUCAUAAGAACACAUCUGGCUUACACCUGCUGCACGGCGCUCUGCCUCACGAAGUUGUCUGUACCGAAAACUUGACUCCCUUCUUGAAGCUUCUCCCGUGCAAGGGCAAGGCUGGCAUCGCGACCCUCCUUGAUGGACACAAGCUUUUUGAUGCCUCCUGGCAGACAAUGGCCAUUGAUGUGCGCCCCAUCUGUCCUACUGAUGGAAGCGAAUGCCUGCUGGAGAUUGAACAGACGGUAGACAUGGUUCUUGACUUAGACCGAUCCAUGCGAUCUCAGCAAGAUCCCAUCCCCAGGCCUCCACCACUCGAGGAAAUCGCUUGUGACACAGAAAAGUGGUACCACAAUCACGAUACUUGUUACCCACGCGAACGUUCUACAGAGCGUGACUGGACCCUGAGUAGGGUAUUCGGUCGUCCCAUUCGUGGUUCUUGCCAUGUCAACCAAGGUCCCUCUCCUGAAUCAGUCAUCCUGCAUGCUGCUCCUGGUCAAGAUAUUCAGAUUACCGCCGAGGAGGCCCACACUGAGAACAAAUCUGAGGAUGGCGUUGUAAGCUAUGUUCUUCCGCAGUCUGGUGAUUUUGAUAUUGCCAUGGGCGAGCAACCUCUGAUCUCGCCUUUGACCCUGGAACAACCACGCCUCCGUGCUGAACGAACCAUGGUCGGUUACGGCCAGGAGCGCGGCGGCAUGCGGGUUAUCCUUACCAAUCCAUCUAGUACUGAUGCUGUAGACCUUGUCUAUCUCGAGUCUUUACCAUGGUUCAUGAAACCAUAUCUGCACACCCUGCACGCCUCUAUCAACUCUGUUCCAUCACCAUCAUCUAUCCAGCAGAUCUUCUACAGGCCCGCCAUUGAUCGUGCCAGAGGUACUCAUCUUGAGCUACGCCUCCACGUUCCUGCCGGUGCCUCCUUGGUCCUAACAUACGACUUUGAAAAAGCCAUUCUGCGAUACACCGAAUAUCCUCCUGAUGCGAACCGUGGCUUUGAUGUUGCGCCUUCAAUAGUCAAGCUGCUAACCAAUUCAACCAACGGGCAACACAACCCGCCCGUAUAUUUGCGCACCACUUCCAUGCUGCUGCCCCUUCCAACUCCUGACUUCAGUAUGCCAUACAACGUAAUCAUCUUGACUAGCACUGUCAUGGCCAUGGCAUUUGGCAGCAUCUUCAACCUGGUCGUCCGCCGGUUUGUUGCCGCAGAUGAGGUCGAGCCUGCAGGAAUCGUUGCCAUUAAAGCAAAGGUCCAGGCCGUCGUCGCCAGCUUGAAGCAGAAAAUUCAGAAGGGCAGGGAGGUCAAGGCUGCUGAUCAAAACGGUGAAACCAAAAAAGCACGGUAG